ACCAUUUCCAGUUCGCCAGAAAAUGAAAGCCAAGCCAUUGAACAAUUCCUUUGCUGGUAGUGCUACCACUAGUGGAACAGCUAGAAAGAUAUUAGAAACAUUGGAAAAAAUGACAACACCUCUUGGAGAUGCAAGGAAAAUACCAGUUGAUGAUACAGUAAUGCAGAGCUUGAGUUCAUCAUUUUCCUUUACUCCAUCAGUAUAUAGAAGGCCAACAAGACACAGUAUAGGAAAUUACAUGAAUACAUCAAGAGAAUUGCAGACUCCAAAUAGAGGUCCACCAUUACAAAGAGUGAGUACUCCCGGAUCAGCUUCUAUUGCUGCCAAUCUCCAGAGAUUUGUACCAACCAGAGAAAGCACUGAAACAACAGGCAGUUAUCAGUUACCAGGAUCUUCUCAAAAAGAUCCUGGAAUGUCCUCAACUAAUACUCAGGGAGGAAAAAUGAAGAGCAAAAAGUUUACAUCACAUCAUGUUGCCUCUAGAAAAGAUGAAGAUGAAGAUGAGCCCUAUGAAAUGCCACAGUUAAGGACAGAGUUCACACUGCCAGUCAAAGACAUGCCUACUUUCAAUUUCAAUAUGCCAAAGUCUACACCUCAGCGUACAACAAUAGAUUUGUCUAGUCAAGCUUACACCUUCUCAACACCUAUACAGAAAAUGCCUGUUACGCCUACAGAUACACCUACAGGUCCACCUAAGAUGGACUUCAAGUUCAGUUCACCAAUCCAACAAGGAGAUGGAUCAUCAUCACCCACCAAAUCAAAAAGUGUAACAUUUAAUCUUGGUGAUGAUAAUGACGUUCAAAUGAAAUACAACUAUAAAUCUUCAACUGUCUCAACCAGUAGCCUCACAGGUUCUCCAGUAGCACAAGGUUUUUCAAAGCCAGUUUCACAGACAAGUUUAAGCAGCAGUUCACCUUCCAGUGGUGGCUUCAAAGUGGCAUCACAGUUAAAAACAGGAAGUGUUAUGGAUAUUUUAGGAAAAAGUGGAAGUGCACAGAAAAAGUCCCCAGAAGCACCAAAGAAUGAUAGCUUAGCCAAGUUUGCUGUUAAAGGAUGGACAUGUGAUAUAUGUCUUGUUGGCAACAAAGAUGAUUCAGAUAAAUGUGUAGCCUGCACAUCGCCUCGACCAGGAGCCAAGACAUGUAUUCAGAAACGAUAUUACAGAGUUACCAGAUGAUCUUGACAGCUAUUUAGCAAUUAUUCCCGAUUUGUUAGCGCAAAGUAAAUCAGACAACACAGUAAAGAAAUACUACUAUGGUUUUUUGAGA